AAGGAAACAUAGUCACCUUUUUGUGUUUUAGAGAAAUAAGAGCAAAUACUCAUCACAGGCUAUAGUACAGCCAACAGAUAAGGAUUUUUCAUAAGAUGUUUUGCAAGUGCCCUGUCAGGUGGGCCACUUACCUGCAUUUAGCCUGAGUAAGCCAAGGCAGAGAGAGGUCAGCUAGCUUGCCCAAAGCUAUGUACUCAUCAAAGAUUUCAACCCAUCACAGAGCUACUGAGUGGUGAGGCUAAGACCAGAGACCAAGUCUUUUCUGAAUCAUCUACUUCUGCCGUUGUUCAUUUUCUCUAUCCCAAGAAGCUUACCCAGGUGAAAGUGGGUUGAACUUCAGGGUGAUUCCUGAAAUGCAAUAAAAGUUCCAAAAGAUCAACCUAAAUGGCAUGAUAGGUAGGGGAGAGUUUCCAAUCCAUAUUUUGUCCCAAGAUGCUGAGACUUUUAUACACACAAAGGGUGCUCUCUCUCGCUCUCUUGCUCUGCUGUCUCCCUCACCAGCUAGCUUAGUGGGAGCAACUUUCUCCCUUGCCUCCUGCUGUCUAUCUGCUGUUAAUAAAGGAUGGGUCAAGUGCUGGCUCGGAUUUGCUCUAACAAUUAAGGGUUAGAAGAAGGAGCACUAGAGUUGAGAGUCCUGCAGAAACUCGGUUUGGAAUCUUAGGAGCAGGGCUAGAACUUGAAGAGAGGCAGUAGUUUCCUUCCCCAUCGGACAGGUGAGGAAUCCACGGCCAAGAGAGAACUUCAGUUUUGUCAAGGGCUUAGGAAUGGCUUUGGGGUCAGACUGGUCUGGAUAUAGCCUCUGGCCAACACACUGAAACUCUCUGAGGCUCAGUCUCCUGUUUUGUUGUAUGGUGAUAAUAAGACGUACUUUAUAGGACUAUUGUUCAAAGAUUCAAUGAUGAGUACGUGGACAGUGCCUAGCAUAAGCAAGUGCCCAGCAGCUGAUGGCUAUUACUGUUACCAGAGGUGGUAAUGAAACUCACGUGUCUGGACGCUUGCCUUCUCAACCUCCAGGAGAGUACCCCUCGCCAGGGCGUGGUUAUGCAGGAGCUGGACUUGAGGAUCCUCAAGUCUUGCAGUUGGAGCUGGCCAAGAAAAAUGCAAGGGGCGAAGGGAAACUAAGGGGUUAAGGCGAUGAGCCUGAGAAAGCCUAGAAAGCUGGAAAAGUGACCCCCCCCACUUCCAGCUUAGCCCAGCUAAAUAAGCCCCUCCCCUCCGCCACCGGGGCGGUCGCCCUGCGCUCCCUCCCUCCGCCCCUCGCUUACAAGACCUAAUGAGCUCCCCCGGGAGGCCGACCAGCGAUCCCGGCCCCGAGCGAGGAGGCUGCGCUGCUCGCACCGCGCCAGGGCGGGAGCCAGGCCUGGGCCGCGGGCGGAAACCGGUCGGGGGCGCACGGGCGGAGGUGUGGGCCGGGGUGCGGGCCGCCGAGGAGCCGCGGGGAUGGCAGUCCAGGCGGCGCUCCUCAGCACGCAUCCAUUCGUCCCCUUCGGCUUCGGGGGCUCCCCGGAUGGGCUGGGGGGCGCCUUCGGAGCCCUGGACAAGGGCUGCUGUUUCGAGGACGAGGAAACCGGGACUCCGGCCGGAGCGCUGCUGGCGGGUGCCGAGGGCGGGGACGUGCGCGAGGCCACCCGCGACCUGCUCAGCUUCAUCGACUCGGCGUCCAGCAACAUCAAGCUGGCGUUGGACAAGCCGGGCAAGUCGAAGAGGAAGGUGAACCACCGCAAGUACCUGCAGAAGCAAAUCAAGCGCUGCAGCGGCCUCAUGGGCGCCGCGCCCCCCUGCCCGCCCUCCCCGGGCACCACUGACACGCCCGCCAAACGGCCACUGGCCGCGGCCGGCGCCCAGACCGUCGCGGUCGCGACUCACGGCAAGGCGGCCCCCCGGCGGGAGGCGUCGCAAGCUGCAGCGGCCGCCAGCCUGCAAAGCCGGAGCCUGGCCGCGCUCUUCGACUCGCUGCGCCACGUCCCUGGGGGCGCCGAGUCGGCCGGGGCUGCGGUGGCGGCGACCGCGGGCGGGCUCAGCGGAGCUGGCGCUGGGGGAUCCGGAGGGGACGCGGCAGGCACCGCGGGAUGUCCGGUGGUCCCCGGUGCCAGGAAGGUCCCGCUGCGGGCCCGCAACUUGCCCCCGUCCUUCUUCACCGAGCCGUCCCGGGCGGUCAGCGGCGGAUGCGGCCCGUCGGGGCCCGUCGUGAGCUUGGGCGACUUGGAGAAGGGCGCCGAGGCAGUGGAAUUCUUCGAGCUGCUGGGGCCCGACUACUGCCAGGGUACCGAGGCGGGCGUCUUGCUAGCUGCGGAGCCUCUUGAUGUGUUCCCCACCGGAGCAGCGGUCGUGCGGGGAUCCCCAGAGCUGGAGCCUGGCCUCUUUGAGCCUCCGCCCGCCAUGGUGGGGAGUCUACUGUAUCCCGAGCCCUGGAGUGCUCCGGGCUGCCCAGCGCCCAAGAAGCCGCCCCUCGCUGCCCCUCGCGGCGGCUUGACCUUGAACGAGCCCUUGCGCCCUCUGUACCCCGCCGCCCCGGACUCUCCGGGCGGGGAGGACGGGCCUGGUCUUUUGGCCUCUUUCGCCCCUUUCUUCUCAGACUGCGCUCUGCCCCCGCCGCCGCCCCAACAGGUGUCCUACGACUACAGCGCUGGCUACAGCCGCACCGCGUACUCCAGCCUUUGGAGACCUGAUGGGGUUUGGGAAGGGGCGCCCGGAGAGGAGGAGGCGCCCCGGGACUGACUGCGAGGUACUCUUCUCUCCCAAUAAAAGACUGCUCUGGGGGGUCUCUCCCAGGCCUAAUGAACGAUGGGAAAAUGCACAUGGAGUUGAAACGGGGUUUUAAAAAUUCAAUUAAUAAAAGAAACUUCGGAGAAAGAAAUGCAGAGAAGUUGGGGGUUGUUUUAAUCACAGCCUUGUGUGGAGUUUUUCUUUUUUUAAAGCCGUUGGUAGGUUCUUACCAAGAAACCACUUCGUGGUUUAGGGAAUAGGGUGGAUGGCGAAAGGGACAGGAAGUGGCCUCUGUAGCCACCUGUUCCUUUCCCAACUUUUCAUCACAAGGCCAGUGUAUUUAGGGUAAUUGCCCCUUCCAAACAGUAUCCUGGACCUUCCCCUUCCCUCGCCUUGAGUGUGUUAUGAAUUAAAGCCUAUAUUGAAAAGAA